GAGGCGUGUCAUAGCUUGAGAAACAGCACGCAUUCGCUGGUUAAAUACAGGUUAAAGGGGGGAAAUUAAAAUUAAAAGGACCCAUUGUAGUACCCUACCAACCAAAGGAAGUGACUAGUCUCUUUAACAAACAGGAACUAGACGCUGUCACGGCAGAGCUACAGGCCCCACACAGUCCGUUUCGAUUUCACACAAUCUCCUUUUCACUGUUUUCUAUUUCGGGAUCCGUCCUUUUUUCCUGUAAACGCUCUCUCGUUUGUAGCACUUCGUACAAGAGCUCCGUCUCCAUUCCAGUACAGCAGAUGGCAGCAGCCGAGCAGCCACGGUCCAGCCUCCUGUGAGCAGCUAGCUAGCCCGUCUAGGUGCGGCAUAAAGAGCAGGCAGGGGACACAACCGCUAGCUAACGGCUAGUGCGGCUGACGUUCAUGACUUUAGUCCCGGUUUUCAGCGGACGCCAGCUUUAAAUGCGGGUUUUUUUUGAAAAGUGAGAUGUUCAAGUAGGUUAUUAGAUUGAUGAAGGCGUCAGUGAGCAGCUAAACAUAAUCAGGGUCACAUCACGUCUCUCAGCCAGAAAACCCACCAAGCUAACAUUAGGUAACGUUAGCUAAUGCUAGAAUAGCUAGCUCGCAGAAGCUAAACACAAGACCCAGAUUUCACCGAGUCCAUUUUAAUAGCCUCCAACGUCGCAAUGGCUGAUGUUGACAAACUCAAUAUAGACAGUAUCAUCCAGCGCCUUUUAGAAGUCAGAGGAGCAAAGCCUGGCAAGAAUGUGCAGCUGCAGGAGAAUGAGAUUCGUGGAUUAUGCCUCAAGUCAAGGGAGAUCUUUCUCAGUCAACCCAUUCUUCUGGAGCUUGAAGCCCCUCUCAAGAUCUGCGGUGACAUCCACGGGCAAUACUAUGACUUGCUGAGGCUGUUUGAGUAUGGGGGCUUCCCUCCAGAGAGCAACUACCUGUUUCUGGGAGACUAUGUGGACAGAGGGAAGCAGUCUCUGGAGACCAUCUGUCUACUGCUGGCCUACAAAAUAAAAUACCCUGAGAACUUCUUCCUGCUGAGGGGAAACCAUGAGUGCGCCUCAAUCAACAGAAUAUAUGGUUUCUAUGAUGAGUGUAAAAGAAGGUACAACAUCAAGCUUUGGAAAACAUUCACAGAUUGUUUCAACUGCCUCCCCAUUGCCGCCAUUGUUGAUGAGAAGAUCUUUUGCUGCCAUGGAGGACUGUCACCUGACCUUCAGUCCAUGGAGCAGAUCAGACGCGUCAUGCGCCCCACCGAUGUGCCCGAUCAGGGUCUGCUCUGCGACUUGCUCUGGUCUGAUCCAGACAAGGACGUUUUGGGCUGGGGGGAGAACGACAGGGGUGUAUCGUUUACCUUUGGCUCAGAGGUGGUGGCCAAGUUCCUGCACAAGCAUGACCUAGAUCUGAUCUGUCGUGCCCAUCAGGUUGUUGAGGAUGGCUAUGAAUUUUUUGCAAAGAGGCAGCUUGUGACUUUGUUCUCAGCACCAAACUAUUGUGGGGAGUUUGAUAAUGCUGGUGCCAUGAUGAGUGUGGAUGAGACCCUCAUGUGCUCGUUUCAGAUUUUAAAACCAGCUGAGAAGAAGAAGCCCAACGGCAGCCGUCCUGUGACUCCCCCCCGCAACAUGGUCACUAAGCAAGCCAAGAAAUGAGGGGGACACAUUUUGGGAGACUCACUCCUUAUUCUGCUUUCGUCUUUUGCAUUUGAAGGAUUGGAUUUCCUUCGUGCUGCCAAUACUGAAAAGAAAAAAAAAAAUCCACUCCUACCCGAUGAAAGCAAAAUAUUUUGUUGUUUUGUCCACAAGGGUAAAUUGAUAUUUCACCAUGAAAACCUCAGGUGUUUUGCACUCCAUUUUGCAACUAGUCUUUGCCACAUAUGACUGUUCAAUCAGGAAAAAUGUAACAAUACAGCUAAUUAUGCACAGGAAUGCCUUGUUUAAAGCUGUGCACAAUUUUUCCCUUUUUUUUCAUGUCAUUAAUUUCACUCAUCACAUUUUUCUCACUGUCAAUAAUGGGUAUUAAUAGUUAUAAAAAAAAAAAAAAAAAACAACUGUGGAAAAUGUCACAAACACCUGUUUAUUUCUGUAAAACUUUAUUUAUCAUAGGACAUUGACUCCACUCUGCAUCACCACAUUUUUAAAACAAGUCUUGUGCUAAAUUAAAUGAAUAAAGAAAACAUUCUUGUAAUGUCUAAAUCUUUCUAAUAAACUUUGAGCGUA